AUGGAAGGUAAGAUUGAAAUUAUCUUUUCCAUGGUUCUAGUCAUUGCCACUAUUCUUAUGAGGCCGGGGCUAGCCGAAGUCCAAACCACACCUCGAUUUCCUUCCAUUCCUGGUUCUCCCAUCGAUAUCACAAAGUGUUGGUCAUCACUUACCAGCAUUCAAGGUUGCGUAAUGGAAAUCUACAAAUCUGUUGUAACGGGUAAGUUUGAAAACGUUGGACCAGCUUGCUGCAAGGCUUUUACGGAUGUUGAUGCAAAAUGUUGGCCAACAAUGUUUCCUCUGAACCCAUUGUUCCCUCCUCUUAUCAAGGAUGGUUGUUCACGCAUCAGCGGAGCUACACCAUCACACACAACACUCAAGUUUCCUGUGUUUCCUGGUUCUCCGGUCGAUCUCACAAAAUGUUUGUCAUCACUCGUCAGCGUUCAAGGUUGCGUAACUGAAAUCCACAAAUCGCUUCUCACAGGGAAGUUUGAUAAUGUUGGAGCUAUGUGUUGCAAGGCGUUUUUGGCUAUAGAUGCCAAAUGUUGGCCACAAAUGUUUCCGCUAAAUCCGUUCUUCCCUCCUCUUCUCAAAGAUGGAUGUUCUCGCAUUGCAGUCGCUCCCACACACAAAUGAAUUAACUAUAUGGAACCACUA